AAUAAGUCGCCUCAAUCCUGCUUCAGUAUUGAUACGAAGCACAACUUUGUACUGGUUGCCUCAUUGAACACCAACCGACAAAUCGAAAAGGCAGUAGCAAUAUUUCAGUCUUUUGCCAGCAUGCAGCAAUCUACGGAGUUGAAAACUGGCUGGUCCAUGAAGCAGUGUGAUGACCAGUCCGAUGGUACUUGGUUGCCUGUAAAACAAGUGCCCAGCGAGGUCCAUAUUGACCUUCUUGCCAACAAACAAAUCCCUGAUCCGUUCCUGGAUGCCAACGAACUUGCAGUGCAAUGGAUCGCGGAAAAGGAUUGGGUCUACCGAACCCAGUUCACCGCACCUUACGUCGAGGGUGCUAGAAUGGACUUGGUAUUUCUGGGACUUGAUACCUUCGCCACUGUUAGUCUCAACGGAAGGACAAUUCUGGAGUCCGACAAUAUGCACGUCUCUCACCGGGUCCAUGUCUCUGAGUAUCUACUCUGGAACCAAAAAAACGAGCUUCAGAUCGUGUUCAAAUCUGCGCUCCUUUGUGGUCGAGAGCUCGUCCGCCAACACCCGGAGCACACUUUCCACGUCCGCCAAACCGAAGGAGGCCGCAUUCCCGUGCGCAAAGCUCAGUACAACUGGGGUUGGGAUUGGGGCCCUAUCCUGAUGACAGCAGGGCCUUGGCGACCAGUUCUCCUCGAGCAGUACGUUGCGCGUGUUGACGAUGUCUGGGCGCAGUACCAAGUCUCACCGGAUCUUAAAACUUGCUCUGGCCACUUGUACGCAAGGGUCGGCGAAGGUGUGCGGGAGGGCGACAAGAUUGUCCUGUCACUUUUCCAUGAGGAGAAAACAUUCCUUCAACAAGAGUGUCAUGUUGACGCCAACGGCUUAGCUAAAGCAGAGGUGCAGCUUAAUGAGCCUUCAUUAUGGUACCCUCAUGGCUAUGGAUCACAAUCUCGGUACCGACUUUCCGCAGAGCUCAUCCGAGCAGAUACGAAAAUCAGUGCCCAGACCAAAUUCAUUGGUUUUCGGCGUUGCGAGUUAGUCCAAGAGACGGAUGAAUUUGGAAAAUCCUUCUACUUUCGCAUCAAUGACAUCGAUAUCUUUGCCGGUGGUUCAUGCUGGAUCCCCGGUGACAGUUAUCUUGCACAAAUGACCAAGGAUCGGUAUUUUGACUGGAUGAAGCUCAUGGUGGAAUCUAACCAGAUCAUGAUACGUGUGUGGGGUGGUGGAAUCUACGAGGACGAUGCAUUUUUAGACGCUUGCGACGCAUUCGGGAUAUUGGUCUGGCAUGAUUUCGCAUUUGCUUGCGCCAGCUAUCCAGUCUAUCCCAAAUUCCUCCAAUCUGUGGAGGAGGAGGCACGACAAAAUAUCAGGCGGCUGAGAACUCACCCUUCAGUGGUCAUUUGGGCCGGAAACAACGAGGACUAUCAGGUCCAGGAGAGGUACAAGCUGGAGUAUAAGCGUGAGGACACUGAUCCAGAGUCGUGGCUCAAGUCGACAUUCCCUGCACGCUACAUCUACGAGCACUUGCUACCGAAAUGGAUAAAGGAGGAGGAUCCGUCAAUGGUCUAUCACCCGGGAAGCCCUUGGGGUGAUGGGAAACACACAACCGAUCCAACGGUGGGUGACAUUCACCAGUGGAAUAUCUGGCACGGAGAAAUGAGGAGAUACCAAGACUGUGAUCAACUAGCCGGUCGUUUUAUCAGCGAGUUCGGAAUGGAGGCCUAUCCCCAUGUCGAGACCACCCGCCGAAUGAUCACCAACCCCCAGCAGCAGCAACCAGGCUCAAUGAUGAUGGACUUCCGCAACAAAGCCAUUGAUCAUGAGCGUCGUCUUAUGACAUAUGUCGCCGAGAACUUCCAGGUCUCAUACAACUUAUCAUCUUUCACCCACAUCACCCAGAUUCUUCAAGCGGAAGCCAUGCGGUAUACAUACAAGGCCUGGCGACGAAUGUGGGGGCGAGCUGGCGCGCGCAAAUGCGGCGGCGUGCUUGUCUGGCAGCUCAACGAUUGCUGGCCUACCAUGUCGUGGGCUAUCGUUGACUAUUAUCUCGUCAAGAAACCAGCCUUUUACGCCAUCUCGCGAGCUCUACGGCUCUUGGACGUGGGCAUUGCUCGAACUUGUCCAGUGUGGACUUCAGGCCAUGCCGAUACGACGGCCACCAACACCAGCGAAUUCGAUUUGUGGAUUGCAAGUAGCCAUCAAGUGGCAGUGGAGGUUGACGUGACGAUCAAGUUCAUUUCUAUCCGGUCGGGCGAUCUUGUCAGUGAAAGCAUCACUACCCAGACGCUGGCAAGCCCAAACGGCACGACAGAAUUAUUCCGGGCUCAUCGAGUGAAUGCGGCUAAGUCUUGUGAUGGUCGGGACUUAGAGGGCUCCGAUCCCUUUGUUAUUCACGCGGUCAUCAGUGUAGAUGGACAGGUUGUGGCUACAGAUACGGCCUGGCCGCAGCCCUUUAAGUACCUGGACUUCUCUGAUCGAAAUGUCACGGUAGAAGCCUCUCCAUCCAACGAUCGGAUCACAGUAUCUGCAGAGGCUCCGGUAAAGGGUUUUACGUUCGAGGAGAGGGAAGGACUCAAACUGAGUGACAAUGGAUUUGAUGUUAUGCCAGGGGACAAACAUGUUGUCACUAUCAGUGGUGAUGCUGCUUUGGCUCAGGAUCUUAAUUGGACUUAUGUCAAGUAG